UGUCGCUUUACGGGGGUUUAAACGGGAGCGUAAACGCUACCAAGAGUUCACAUCGCGGAAUGAACACAAGUCCGCCGCCUCUCCUGUGAGCGAGCCGCCGGACGCCGGGCUGUCGGUAGUUUGCUGGAUUUAUUAGUUUGUCAGGAGACGCUGGACUUCACUUCCUCAGCAGAUAAACGAGAGGAUUUGGAGAAAGAAGCUCGUCUGUCAGCGCUGAUGUGAAGAGGUGCGACGUCGAAGGCUAAACCAGCGUCUGAACCAGCGAGCCGUUAAACAGGUACAUAUGGGCCAGGGGAAGGUUUCAGCUCGAGGCUCAGCCAUGGAGGGGGACUGCCUCAGCUGCAUGAAGUACCUCAUGUUCAUCUUCAACUUCUUCAUCUUUCUGGGUGGCUCCUUCCUGCUGGGCGUCGGCGUUUGGGUGCUGCUGGACCCGAUGGGGUUCAGGGAGAUCGUGGCGGCCAACCCCCUCCUGUUCACCGGCGUCUACGUCAUCCUGGCUAUGGGCGGCAUGCUGUUCCUGCUGGGCUUCCUGGGCUGCUGCGGGGCCAUCAGGGAGAACAAAUGUCUCCUGCUCUUUUUCUUCAUGCUCAUCCUCCUCAUCUUCCUGGCUGAGCUGGCUGCUGCCAUCCUGGCUUUCCUCUUCAGGGAGCAUUUAACCAGAGAGUAUUUCAGCAGGGAGCUGAAGCGUCACUACCAGGGUCAAAACAACACCGACGUCUUCACGACCACCUGGAACGCCAUCAUGAGCACGUUCGACUGCUGUGGCGUGAGUGGCCCCGAGGACUUCGACGAGAGCCUCUUCAGGCUCCUCAGCCCCAGUAAGCUGGUCCCUGAGGCCUGUUGCCAGAGGAGCAGUUACCUUGGAGACGUGAGCGUGGAGCAGUGUGUGAGCGGCAGCGUGGCCUUCAGACACAACAAGGGCUGUUACUCGGCGAUGGUCGACUACUUUGAGACGUACAUUUACACCGCGGGAGCUCUGGCCAUCGUGGUGCUGACAAUCGAACUCUUCGCCAUGGUGUUCGCCAUGUGUUUAUUCAGAGGAAUCCAGUAAGCGCUGCGUUAUCGGCGCCGUCUGUCAGGAGGGCACAAACAAAGCUGUAAAAUAUGAAACGUAUUUGUACAGUGAUAGUUUCCGUGUCUCAUUGGUUUUGUGACAUUGUUUCGUACUGCACCGCUGCAGCAGGACGUUUCGGGUACUUUGCUUUGGGCACAACAGACGCACACACAGGAAGUGGUCCUCCAGCUGAGGCUCUGCACCGUGAGCAUCCAGGCUGAGAGGUUCUACAAGCCAAACGCUGAGGGCAAACCGGAUCACAACCCGUGACCAGCAACCAUUUGAUUCAUAGCCUGAUCUGACAACGAUGAUUGAUUUUCACGAUCACAGAGAGUCUGCACAAACCUGCAGCUGCAGGGAGCCUCAGGACAGUCAGCAUCAAAAACGUGUACUUUGCUGUUAUACUCCCACCAUCAACCACCCGACUUACUAAGGCGUCUGCUGCUUCGCGUCUCGUUCGCCAGACUCCGCUCAGACUCGUCGUUCAUCACUCGGCUGAUGGAUUCCCACCUGUUCAGCACCCCCAGAUGGUUACAGAAGACCACCUGCUCAGUGACCAAGAUCAGUAAAGAGUUUCACUUCGUGCAGCUUCAAGUUCUGCCUCCACAAAUCAGCAGACGAAAACCAGUUUGUCAGCAGAGCGGAGCUGAUGAGAGUGGAACGGCACAGCUUUGCUUUAAAGCAGGCUGAUGGCUGAGAUGUGAGCUGGUUAAAGGAACAGUUCACUUAAAAAAUGAAAAGUCAGUCAUUAGCCUGGAGACGCCAAGCUGAUCUGAAAAAUCGUCAUUUACACCCUUUUUUAGAAGCUGAAAAAGUGUUGGCACGCGUCCCGUCGGAGGUGGGUGCCCGAGCUUCAGAAACUGGUCCCUGAUGAUCUGUGUGACGGCUCUGGACCGUCAGUUUCAUUCAUACCUCACAGAAACCUGCUGAAUGCGACACAUUCUGCUUGUCUCCUGCUCGAGCCUCACCGUCAUCAACACAAGUCAUGAAAGGUGAAACGUGAUUCUCUGAAAACCGUGUUGUUUAUUUUCACAAGUCUUUACAUUCAGGCAGCAUUCAGUGUAAAGUAUUUAGUAUUUAAGUUUGUAAGUUAAAGCAUCUUCACAUCAUGAGACUGAAUGUGUGUGUGUUUUAUGUAAAUAUGCCUCAGUGGGACAGUACGUGUUGGUGCACAGUGGAUUAAUGAUCAUUUUUGUCAGUAGUUAUUUAAUGGAACUUAAGCUAAAAUAACCUUUUUCUGUAGGUGUGUUUGUAUAAAUGGCACUGACUGACAUUAAACUGAUUUCUGUGAUUUUA